UUUUGGCGUUUGGAAAUAACCAGUUCAGGGUGGUGAGUUGAGUUUCUCUGUUUGUAUGUUCAUCUUUGCUUUUGAAAAUACCCUUCUCCUCCCUUAAGUGGGGACAUGUGCUGAGACUUGACCGUCCCAUACUCCUCCACAGUCCUUAAAUAAUCACCUAUCUCAUCUCGUUGGUCUCCAUUCCUCAUUCAAUUUUUUGAUAGAAUCCAUUCCUCAUUCAUUGCCUCUCUAUACACUAGAGAGAGAGAGAGAGAGAGAGCGAUGGAUGCCUUCUCAUCAUCCUUUCUCCCCACACUUCAAUACCCUAAGCUCCUUUCUUCUACUAACAGUAAACCCACAAUGAUCCUUUCUCCUCACACCCCUACCUUCCAUGUCUCCUCUUUUAGGAUCAAAGAGCAGAAGCCCCAGCAGACGAUAGCAUCACCACCACCACCACUACCACCACCACAAAUCAAAUCCCAACAACCUUCAACUAAAGCUACCAUCACCAUAGCAAGAACACCACUUGUUUCCACCAAAGUAACCACUACAACCACAAGACGAGCAGAGCCUUCUCUUACCACCACCCUCUUUAACACUUUAGACGAAUUUAUCAACAACUUCAUCGACCCUCCUCUUCGAUCUUCCGUUGAUCCCCGACACGUUCUUGCCGACAAUUUCUCCCCCGUCGACGAACUUCCUCCGACCGACUGCCCUGUGAUCGAGGGCCAGCUCCCCUCCUGCCUCGACGGCGCCUACAUUCGCAACGGCCCAAACCCUCAGUACUUCCCUCGUGGGCCCUACCACCUCUUUGAUGGAGACGGCAUGCUCCAUUCCUUGCGCAUCUCCGGCGGCCGUGCCACCCUCUGCAGCCGCUUCGUCAAGACUUACAAAUACAACGUCGAACGUAACGCUGGCUCCCCCAUCUUUCCUAACUUAUUCUCCGGCUACAAUGGCCUCACCGCCACCGUCGUGCGUGGUGCUCUCUUUGCGGCUAGAGUACUUUCCGGCGAGUACAACCCUGCCAAUGGCAUUGGCCUGGCCAACACUAGCCUCGCCUUCUUCGGCAAUUGCCUAUUCGCCCUUUGCGAAUCUGAUCUACCAUAUACCCUAAGAUUGACUCCUGGCGGUGACAUCAAAACAAUCGGACGGCAUGAUUUCGACGGAGAGCUUUUCAUGAACAUGACAGCUCAUCCUAAAAUAGAUCCCGACACAGGUGAGACCUUCGCUUUCCGGUGCGGGCCAGUACCUCCAUUUCUAACUUUCUUCCGGUUUAACCCGGAUGGGUCAAAACAACCGGACGUACCGAUCUUCUCCAUGACAAGCACACCGUUCCUUCACGACUUCGCGAUCACAAAGAAGUAUGCAAUCUUCCCGGAUAUACAGAUAGGGAUGAACCCAGUGGAUAUGAUAUUCCGAGGCGGGUCACCCUUUGGGACUAAUCCACGGAAGGUGCCUCGUAUCGGGGUGAUCCCCCGGUACGCGGAAGACGAGUCGGAGAUGAAAUGGUUUGAGGUUCCCGGGUUCAAUAUAAUCCAUGCGAUCAACGCCUGGGAUGAGGAGGAGGAUGUGAUCAUGAUGAUCGCGCCCAACAUAAUAUCAGUGGAGCACACGUUGGAGAGAAUGGAUCUGGUGCACGCAUCCGUGGAGAAAGUAAGAAUCGAUCUAAAGACCGGGAUCGUGACGAGGUUCCCAGUGUCGGCGCUGAAUAUGGAGUUCGGAGUCAUAAACCCCGGGUUCGUGGCGAAGAAGACCCGGUAUUCUUAUCUGGGCCAUCUGGCAUUCGGGGGCCCGGUGCCAAAGAUAUCUGGUGUGGUGAAGCUGGACUUGUCGGGUUCGGAGCAUAAAGAGCGUACCGUGGCGUGUCGGAUGUUUGGGGAAGGCUGUUACGGUGGGGAACCGUUCUUUGUUGCGAGAGAGCCUGGGAAUAGCCACGUGGCAGCGGAGGAUGAUGGAUAUGUGGUGACGUACGUUCACGACGAGAACACGGGAGAGUCGAGGUUUCUGGUGAUGGAUGCGAAGUCGCCGUCGCUGGAGAUCGUCGCCGCCGUGAAGUUGCCACGGCGAGUACCGUAUGGUUUUCACGGGCUCUUUGUUAGGGAAAGCGACCUCCGAAAGAUGUGAGCCUGUGAGCAUGUGAUGGUCCCUGUCCCUUCAAACGUAAUCCACAAGGAAGGAAAACACAAAAAAUGAAGGACGGAUAAUUGGAUUAAGCAAACCCAAGUAGAAAAAUGUGGAUCGGUACCCUAACCAUCGCAAUGCACUCUCAUCUGAAUAGAAAUAGAUAAAUUAAAUAAAAAAAAUCAUAAAAAUAAACUGCUCAGAUAUAUCUUGUGACUUCUAAAAACAUCACAAAGAACUGUGACACCUAAAAUGUCAUUCCUUCUUUCAUUUAAGUAAGUGAAUUUAUUUUGGAA